CCCACAGAGAGUACUUCCGGUCUCCAGCGCUAUAAGCUACGGGAAGGCAACCAUGGAUACAAGGCUGUGCUGAGAAAAGCGGGGCAUGGCUGCGGCCCUCCAGGUCUUGCCCCGUCUCCGAGCCCUGUCACAUCCAUUCCUCUGGGGACCCCCAGUGGCCCGGAUGACCAGUGGUAUGGCCUUGGGAGAACAGGCACGGCAGCUGUUUGACAGUGCGGUGGGUGCUGUGCAGCCGGGUCCCAUGCUGCAGAGGACACUGUCCUUGGAUCCUAGUGGCAGACAGCUGAAGGUGCGGGACCGGACCUUUCAGCUACGGGAAAACCUCUACCUGGUGGGCUUUGGCAAGGCUGUACUGGGCAUGGCAGCUGCAGCUGAGGAGCUACUGGGCCAGCAUCUUGUACAGGGUGUUAUCAGCGUACCCAAGGGGAUCCGAGCUGCUAUGGAGCAUGCUGGAAAGCAAGAGAUGCUGCUGAAGCCACACAGCUGCAUCCAGGUGUUUGAGGGUGCUGAGGACAACUUACCAGAUCGGGAUGCUCUACGGGCUGCUCUGGCCAUCCAGCAGCUGGCAGAGGGGCUCACUGCUGACGACCUGAUGCUUGUGCUCAUCUCAGGUGGGGGCUCAGCCCUGCUGCCUGCUCCUAUCCCACCUGUCACACUGGAGGAGAAACAGAUGCUCACCAAGCUGCUGGCAGCCCGAGGAGCCACAAUUCAGGAGCUGAACACUAUCCGCAAGGCCCUGUCCCAGCUGAAGGGUGGAGGGCUGGCUCAGGCCGCCUAUCCUGCUCAGGUGAUAAGCCUCAUCUUGUCAGAUGUGAUUGGGGACCCUUUGGAGGUGAUUGCCAGUGGCCCUACUGUGGCCAGUGCCCACAGUGUGCAAGACUGCCUGCAUAUUCUGAAUCACUAUGGUCUUCGUGCUGUUCUGCCACGCUCUGUGAAGACAGUGCUCUCUCGAGCUGACUCUGACCCCCAUGGACCACAUACCUGUGGUCAUGUUCUCAAUGUGAUCAUCGGCUCUAAUUCUCUGGCACUGGCUGAGGCUCAGAGGCAAGCUGAGGUACUGGGCUACCAUGCCAUGGUGUUGAGCACAGCCAUGCAGGGUGAUGUAAAAAGUGUGGCUCAGUUCUAUGGACUGCUAGCCCAGGUGGCUGCAGCCUACCUCACUUCAUCCUUGGCUGAGCGUCCCUUGGAGAAGGAGGCAAAACUCUAUCAGCUGGCAGCCGAGCUUCAGCUCCCGGACCUGCAGCUGGAGGAGGCUCUGGAAGCUGUGGCAAAGGCUAAAGGUCCAGUCUGCCUCCUGGCUGGUGGUGAGCCCACGGUGCAGCUGCAGGGAUCUGGCAAGGGCGGUCGGAACCAAGAACUGGCCCUGUAUGUGGGAAUGGAGCUGGGAAAGCAGCCACUGGGGCCUAUUGAUGUGCUGUUUUUGAGUGGAGGCACUGAUGGGCAGGAUGGGCCUACAAAGGUGGCCGGGGCCUGGGUCACAUCUGAUCUUGUCAGCCAGGCUUCUGCUGAAAGCCUGGACAUAGCCACCUUCCUCUCUGACAAUAACUCGUACACUUUCUUUUGCCGCUUCCGGGGUGGAACACAUUUGCUGCACACAGGGUUGACAGGGACCAAUGUUAUGGAUGUCCACAUCUUGAUUUUUCAUCCUCAGUGAUGGCAUAGCUCACAGUUUCAAUGGCAGGGUGUCUUAGGAAGAUCAAGGACUAAUUCCCAGGCCCCAUUGUGCCGUAGGACUCUCUCCUCUGUUGCUGCACUCACCUCCCACAGAUCUACUCCAUGUUUGUUCUCCCAACUAGAUUAGAAGAUGGGGCUACUUCCCACCCCUAGUUUGUGUCAUGUCAGCAGAUAGCUCUGAGGCCCAGAAGGAGCUUCUUGGCCAGUUCACAGUUCUCAUUUUCUCCCUAGAAGCCUUUUUGCCCAGGUCCUCAGCCUGUUUCUUCCAUGGAGCAAUGCUUGGGAGACUGAAAAUAAAAAGCAUGUUGU